CAGAUAAUACAGAGAGAACCAAAGAUAAAUUACAAGACAAAAUCUCAAGUCUAUAAAAUGAGUGAUAAGCCACCCACAGAAACUUACCCGGAAAACCCACCUCCCUAUGAGCAGUUUGCUGGGGCGCCGAAGGCAGGGGUAUUCCCCGGACCACAAACGGGGGGAUAUGCUUUGCAUCAACAAUCGCCGGCAGGUGUAUACCCUGGACCACAAACGGGGGGAUAUGCUUUGCAUCAACAAUCGCCGGCAGGUGUAUACCCCGAAUCACAAACGGUGGGAUAUGCUUUGCAUCAACAAUCGCCAGCGGGGGCUUACCCCGGACCACAAAAAGAGGGACACUCUCCUCAUCAACAUCCGCCGGCAGGAGCACGUCCCGGACCACAAAAGGGGGGAUAUAGUCAGUAUCAACCUCCAGCAGGGGUAUACCAACAACAACCUACAACAGUAUAUGUUUACGAGCAGCAGAGGAACCAAGAGGACCAGGAAGAAUACUGUCUACUGGCUUUUUGUUGGGCUUUCUUGUGCUGCUGUUUCCUAGAUAACAUAUAAAUAACUAACUGAAGAUAUAACUGAUUGUAUAUACAGCUGAUAUGCAGAUAAUUUAUGAAUAACUAACUGAAGAUAUAAUUGAUUGUAUAUACAGCUGAUAUCCAGAUAACUUAUGAGUAACUAACUGAAGAUAUAACUGAUUGUAUAUACAGCUGAUAUCUGGAUAACUUAUGCAUAACUAACUGAAGAUAUAACUGAUUGUAUAUAGAGCUGAUAUCUGGAUAACUCAUGAAUAACUAACUGAAGAUAUAACUGAUUGUAUAUAGAGCUGAUAUCCGGAUGACUCAUGAAUAACUAACUGAAGAUAUAACUGAUUGUAUAUACAGCUGAUAUCUGGAUAACUUAUAACUGAUUGUACAUAUAGCUGAUAUCCGGAUAACUUUUAACUAAUUGUAUACAUGUAUACAGCUGAUAUCGGGAUAACUUAUAACUGAUUGUAUAUACAGCAGAUAUCGGGAUAACGAAAAAACAUGGGAUAAUCAGGGAUGUUUUGUGAGGGUGUCUGGGAUAUAAAAUGAAAUCUGAAAGUUAGAAUUUCACUUCUAUAUUCUUAAUAUUUUAGAAUAUCACAUUUUUAUUUUAAAUCAUCGAAUCAUAAUAAGUCAUAAAAACAUGGAUAUCUUUGCGUUGCUCACAGUGGAAGUCAUAGUUUGUCAGCUGAAAACUCUGCAUAACUCUUUCAGUAAUUUAUCAAAAGUAUUCAGCAGCCAUCGGAACGACUUCACUGUCAUCACACGUGUGAAACAGGAAAGGAAGUUUAGAAGUAAUGUAAAAGUCAUGUAAUGAUCUUAAUUUUAGAUGUCUUUUUGUUUAUUUAUUUAUUUAUAGUAGCAUUGCUCCUUUACGUGUAUAUGUAUUUUUUGUUAAAGUUAAUCAUAUCUGAUUU